AUGGUGGAAAGGCUCCCAGGGGUAGCUCCACCCAUCCGAAAAAGCAACCCCGACUCCUACGCUGACACUCCUUUCGCAUAUCAGAUCACCCUGAUCGAGAUGCCCAUGAAGUUUUCCUUUCCCAGCAUAAAAGAGUAUGAUGGUCCUAGCGAUUCGGACGAUCAUGUCACCCAAUACAUGCAAAGGAUGCUCGCGCUAGCACUCCCAAAGGAGUCGCGAGAAGCUAUCAUGUGCAAGGGAUUCGGCUCAAUCCUGACCGGACCCGCCUUGCAAUGGUACAUCAAUCUACCCUCCAGGUCCAUAUCCUCCUUUGCUAUCCUCAGCGACAAGUUCGAGGAGCAAUUCGCCAGCAGCAGAGACCUGGAGAAAACCUAUGACGGUCUGUACGAAAUCCUCCAGCAUCGGGCUGAACCCCCGCGAGGCUACAUAACCCGCUUCAAUCAAGAGAAGGUGGCCAUUACCGGAUGCAACAUCCCCACCGCAAUCUUUUCCUUCAAGAGAGGAUUGCUUCCCGACGGGGACCUCUACAAGGAGCUGACUAAAUACCAGUGCAAAAGCAUGGAAGACGUGCUAUCCCGAGCCUGGGCACAAGUAAAAUGGGAAGAAGACGUCGCCAAUUGCGCUAAGGCGCAACUAAAGCAAGAUUCCAAGGCGGUCAGACCGGACCGAAGUGAGCGAGACGAGAGACCCUCUCCAAGACCAACAAGGGAUUCCGGGAGCAGAAGCCGGGGUAGAUACAAGAGCCGGCUGAUCGAGAAGGAAGAAGGGAUGGUAGCGUCCACGUAG